AUCGGUGACAAACAACGAGAAGGAACUGAAUACAUGAACUUAGGAAAUGCCUAUGCUUCACUAGGAAAAUAUCGCAAAGCCAUUGCAUACUAUAAACGGAGCGCGAGCAUUUCCAAAUUAAUCGCUGACAGACAACAAGAAGGAAUAGCUUACGCCAACUUAGGAAAAGCCUAUGACUCACUAGGAAAAUACCAACAAGCCAUUAAAUUCCAUGAACGGAGCCUGAGCAUUUCUAAAGAAAUCGGUGACAGUAAACGCGAAGAAAUAGCUUCUGCGAACUUAGAAAAAGCCCAUAAGGCACUACUAGGGGAAUACCCCAAGGGCACUGAUAACGACAAACCGCCGAGCGAGAUCAAGACUGGGAAUAAAAGCACAAGAGAUGAAUCGAUGUCCACAAUAAAGUGUUUUGAUCAUUUAACGCUGUCUCAUUUGCCAACAUGUAAUAUCAAUCUCUUUGGCCAAGUUGGAGAAGGAAAGUCGAGCUUUUAUAACAAGACCAUCUUUAUUAAAGAGUUCAACAUGUAUACACUUGAAGACAAUCCAUGCACUGGUGACACUAUGGGCUUGGAACCACAGACCAGUGAAGCUGAUUUCAGGAAUUUGGACGGAGAAUUACUUUCAAACAGUUCAGAGUACACCCGAAAUCCUGGACUAAAAUACAGAGCUCACUAUGUAGUUAUCAGUAGAGGAAUACCUCUUUUUGUUCUACUGACCCAUAAGGAUGAGUUUCUUCCUGAAGAUGGAGACGACAUAACCAAAAUCUUUCACAGUGAGACCCUUGGAGUAACUCGCGUGCAAGGUACGGAGGAAAUUGGGGUUGCCAAUAAACCAGAAAAACUAUAAUAACUAUAACAAAAUGGAUAUUCUUCUGCUGUACGUAUGCAUUGCGCAUCUCUGGAAUACAAAGGACCGCCGAAAUCCAAUGAUAAAUAAGGAAACACAACUGAGCCCUGCAGGAUGGACGACUGAUAUCGAUAAUCUUGACAUGCUAUCAUCAGAUACUAUUAAAUCGAAUGUGUAAAUAUGGGAAAAUUAAGUUUACGAUAAAAGCGAUAGUUUCCCGUGGUAUGUCCUCUUAUUAACAUGAACGCCUUUUCGAAUCGUCAAAAUAAUAAACUGAUUUUAGAUAUAUAUAUAUAAAUUAACAACAACUUUGACGAUUGCUUAGAUAACAAUUUAGAUAAUAAUCCCAGAAAAAAAGAAAAGAAAAAUCUUGCAAAACUUGGUAGGUACUCUUACUAAAAGUGUAUAUUGCAAGUACCACGGCUCUCGACCAAUCAGAAAUCGAGAAAAUUUACAAUUGUGGUAAAACGGUGGUUAGGUGAUAGUGAUGUCAGUUAUAUAGUGGCAUUAUAAAAUUAUAACAGUUGGAAAACUAUCAUAUAUAAGAUAAAAUGUAAAUAUUACGUUUAUGACUAUUUUAUUUAUUAUUAUGUGUACAUAAACUAUUGUAGUCUCCUUUCGCAGCCGGUCGUUACAUCGAUCAUUUUGUAAAUAAAGCUUAGAAUAAAAGAAAUAUGGUACACUUACAGUCUCGCUAAAGAAUAUUGCCAUAUUUUAAGCGGUGGUUUUUGGAACACAUUUACUUCCCGUAAUAUUAGAUAAAUUGAAAUGUAUAUAAAUAUGUGGCGGGUAGCGUUAGUGGUAUAGAGUUAAUUUCGUAUGAAUUGGGAAACGUACGGUAGAAAUUAGCACACGGUUACCGGAGCUGGCCUGCACAAUGUUUGUGAAGCAAUGAGACACUAGAAUUUGGUUACAGUACGAUUACAGUUACAGUACAGUACCGUCCGUUUCCCACUCAUACGAAAUUGACUCUAGUCAGGGUCUUGGCGUAAAGUACCCCUAUACCUAUCAUAAUGGGAUCCCUACUUUGGACAAUGUUUUUGGGCCUGUCCCUUAAAAGGUGGAAUGUAAAUAAUAAUUGUUUAAAAAUAAAUUUAGACAACA